GAGGUACAUCCUGAGGUUCCCAGCGCUGGAGACACUGAUGUUGGAUGACAACAAACUCUCCAACCCCACCUGCUUUGCCAGCCUUGCUGGGCUCAGGAGACUGAAGAAGUUAAGCCUGGAUCAAAACAGGAUUUUCCGGAUCCCGUACCUACAGCAGGUUCAGCUCCGAGAUGAGUCAGGGGACUGGGUUGGAGGCAGGGAAAGUCCCCAGAAAGAGCUCCGGACCAUGCUGCAGCCCAAGUCGUGGAUGUUUGAGGCCUCAGAAGAGCAACCAGAUUAUACUGUACUGCCGAUGAAAAAGGAUGUUGACCGGACAGAGGUUGUGUUCUCAUCUUACCCUGGAUUUUCAGCCUCAGAGACAACCAAGGUAUGGUCACUUCCUCCCAUAUUCGAGAUUCUGCCUGUGAAGUCACUGAAGGCCAGGAACCAGACGCUGGCCCCGCCCUUCCCGGAGCUGAGGUACCUGAGCCUGGCCUACAACAAGAUCGCGAAGGAGGAUGCUCUCUUGCCAGUAGCUCUCUUCCCAUCUCUCUGUGAGCUCAUCUUUCAUAACAACCCUUUGGUGGCCCAUACACGAGGAGUCCCUCCACUGCUAAAGAGCUUCCUCCAGGAGCGACUGGGGAUCCACUUAAUUCGAAGGAAGAUAGUAAAGGCUAAGCAUCAUAUUUUGAUGCCUCGGAAGGAAUCAUGGAAGGUGAAAACCCAAGUCCCAAAGGUGCCAAAGCAGCCUCUUAUGCUCUAUCACCCAUGUGUGACCACAAUCAAGUCUUCCUCAAGAGAAAUUCAGGAGCCAGAGGCAGAGCUAGCUGAAGAGAUGCCCAUCGCCAAAAGCACUUCUCUGAAGCCAGAAAUGCCCACUGAAGGCUGGGAAGGCCUUUCCCUGUCCCGCCGGACCUUCGUGCCACUGCCUCUCAUCUGCUCUGACUCCACUGUGCAUAGCGAAGAGACCAUAUCCCGCCUGAAUGACACAGCCAUCCGCCUCAGCCCGGAGCACCUGUCAGAUGAGGACACCAAAAGCACAGAGUCCAUCUUCCUGACCCAGGUGAGUGAGCUGCCUUCCUCCGUCAUUCAUAGGGAAGAUUUAGAGGUGAAGGAGAAAGACCAAAGGAGACCACAAACAGCUCCCAGAGAGGUGAAGAAGACUCAGAGGAAGCUCCCAUCUGCCUCCCUCCCCAGCAAGUACCAUGGCUAUGAGGAGUUGCUAACAGCCAAGCCUGAUCUGGCCUUCAUCGAGCCUAAGGGAAUCCAGAAGAAUGCACAGGCCCUGCAUCACAUGCUGAAGUACCCACUCCUAUACCGCUCCUCCAAGCCCAAGCUGGAUACUCUUCAGAAACAUUAUGUUCCCAAGGAGAAACGGGCCCUGAGGAUCCCAGUCCCAUCCCCACGAAAGACUCGAGCCCAGCUGCUGGAUGACAUCCUCAUUCGCAUGCGGGACCCCCGGAACAUUACAGAGGCUCCGCUAGGCGCGGUCCUGCGCCGCCGGACAGAGCAGCGGCUGGUGAACCAGCAGCAGUACUUGGAGGCCAAGCGGCUGCUGAAGGAGUUCCGGGCGCGUUACCAGCGGCUGGUGCGGGGCUCACUGCGGAAGGUGUUUGGGGCUACCCCGCCUCCCCCGGCCCGCCCUGCACUGAGCGAGGGCCAGCCCAAGUUCGGCCGCUUCCUCGAGUUCAUGGAUGAGUUCUGCCAGGCGUCCCCGGCCAGUGACUUGAAAGACUAGGACUGUGCUCAGGCCGUGCCUUGGAGUCUGCCGGGCCUAGAGUGGGCCUCAGAGCUCAGCUGGGCCUCGCUCGCUGGCCGCAGAGAGUGGGGAACUCCUCAGGACCUCCCCUCCCUGGGUCGUACCGGUGCCUGCCCAGCAGCAAUAAAGAGAGGUGCGUAGAGCAAGGGA